UCUUAUUUCUUAGUCCAUGACUUCGUUCCAAUGGUUUUAUUUUCGCAAACCUGUAGAAGAAGCGAAAUUGAACAGCAGCAUGAAACAAGCAGCAGCAAUACCAUAUAAUCUCAGAUGUCAAGGUCGUGUAGUCGGCGAGCGCUAUUUGAGGCCCAGACAAGUCCAGCUUCAUCAUAGCUCCAACAAACCACUCUCAGUCAAUCAUAGCUCCAAGAAACGUCGGCCCAGACGCAGACAAAAGCCUUGCGAUCCCCCUUUACCUGAAUGUGAUAAAGACGAAGAGCCCUCUUUACCUGAAGGUGGUAAAGACGAAAACGCCCCUUUACCCGAAGGUGGUGAAGAUGAAAAAAAGUAAGUCAGCAUGAUUUUUU